AUGCCAGUUGGGAUGGCUAGAGAUCUGGAGGAAACUGACUCAUCCUCAGAGGAGGAGGAAGAGGAGGAAGAUGCUGUGGAUGGCCUGGAGGACCAUCCAUGUAUCAAGUGGACUGGUGGUGGCUGCAGACGGAUCCCUGUCCUGGUGUUUCAUGCUGAAGCUAUUCUGACCAACGACAGCUACCUCCGCCUCAUUGGAGAAAACUACCACAUGUCCUAUAAGAUUGUGCGAACGGACAGCCGUCUGGUUCGGAGCAUUCUCACUGCCCAUGGGUUCCAUGAGGUUCACCCUAAUAGCAGUGAAUAUAAUCUCAUGUGGACAGGAUCACACUUGAAGCCCUACUUGCUGCGUUCCCUUACAGACAUUCAGAAAGUCAAUCAUUUCCCUAGGUCAUAUGAACUGACACGAAAGGACAGACUGUACAAGAAUGUGAGCCGUAUGCAGCUGGCCCAUGGGUUCAAGACAUUCCAUAUUUUACCUCAGACCUUUAUCCUCCCGACAGAGUACCAGGACUUCUGCAGUACCUAUUCUAAGGACAGAGGCCCAUGGAUAGUGAAGCCCGUGGCCUCUUCCAGAGGUCGAGGUGUCUACCUUAUAAACAAUCCAAACCAGAUUGUCCUGGAAGACAACAUCCUGGUUUCUCGUUACAUCAGCAACCCCCUGCUCAUUGAUGAUUUCAAGUUCGACGUGCGGCUCUAUGUUCUGGUUACAUCCUAUGAUCCGCUUGUCAUCUAUCUCUAUGAGGAAGGAUUGACCAGGUUUGCAACAGUGAGGUAUGACCAGGCAUCCAAGAACAUUAAAAAUCAGUUUAUGCAUCUGACCAACUACAGUGUCAACAAGAAGAGUGGAGAUUAUGUCAGCUGUGAUGAUCCCGAAGUAGAGGAUUAUGGAAACAAGUGGAGCAUGAGUGCGAUGUUGAGGUACUUAAAACAAGAGGGGCGAGACACUGCAGCACUGAUGGCCAACGUGGAGGACCUGAUUAUCAAGACUGUAGUUUCUGCUGAGCUGACCAUUGCCACAGCUUGUAAAACUUUCCUUUCACAUCGUGGCAGCUGCUUUGAGCUGUACGGUUUUGAUGUCCUUAUUGAUGACACCCUCAAACCCUGGCUGUUGGAAGUGAACCUGUCCCCAUCAUUGGCCUGUGAUGCUCCUUUGGACCUGAAGAUCAAAGCUAGCAUGCUCUCCGAUAUGUUCACCCUUGUAGGCUUCGUGUGCCAGGAUCCAGGCCAACGGUCAAGCCGGACCAUUUACCAUUCAUCUGAAUCUGUCAGGAGAAAUCCAUACCAGAAGCUGCAGCGUCCUGUGUCUGCACAGUCGCAAACAGCAAACAGCAGAUUGCGUACCCGUCCUUUGUCUGCCAGUGAUGCUGAAGCUAAAAGCUCGAUGGCCUUAGGCAGGGAAAAAGCAACAGGAAGGCAAAGCAGCUCUGUGCUAGGUCUCUCCAUGGAGGAGAUAAGAGUUCUUCGGCGAGUGAGAGAGGAAAAUGAACGGAGAGGAGGCUUCAUCCGAAUAUUCCCUACCCCAUUAACAUGGGACCUUUAUGGAUCCUUUUUAGAGCACAAGACAUCAAUGAACUACAUGCUGGCUACACGUCUGUUUCAAGACAGGAGCAAGAUGAAAAGAGACUUCAUCGCUGGGAGAUCCCGAGCAGGUCUUAAUGGAAGGCUGGAUGUGAGGAUGGAAGCCAUGGACUCUCAUGUUCUCUUUUAUGAGAGAAAGCUUGUUUCACUGGAGGUACGGAAGCGUCGGCAAUGCCAUGGCAAGUCUAGAGCAGCACGAACAAGAUCAUCAGGCACAUCAGAAACAACAAAGCUGACCCUCAAGUCAGACAUGGAAGGUGAGGAGGAAGAGGAGGUGGAUGCAGAUGAAGAUGAAGAGCUAGAUAGAACUCUUAGUUCUCCUUCAGACACCCAGGUGAAAAACAAGCCAAAGGGCUCUGACCUGAUAAAAACUACUUGUAAGGAGAAGCUGCCAAAAAAACUUGACAAGAAAGCUGGUGAUGGAGAAGAGCUGCUUCCACAAGAAACAGACUCAGAAUCUCAGUUUAACUUGCUUCAGAUUCUUCAAAAGCGUGGGAACCUGAGCAAAGUGCAAGCUCGCAGGGCUUUCUCUGCCUAUCUGCAGCAUGUUCAGUCCCGACUGAUGGAGGAGGCUGGUGACCAGAUACAGAAUCCUGCCUGGGCUGCCAAAGAGGAUGAGCAAAUGGAGCUUGUGAUACGCUUUCUGAAGCGAGCUGCCAGCAACCUUCACCAGUCCUUGCGGAUGCUUUUCCCCAGCCGUCGUUUAGCGCUAAGCGAUCGUCGGCGUGUGCUGGCUCACCAGCUGGGAGAGUUCAUAAUCUGUUAUAACAAGGAAACGGAGCAGAUGGUUCAGAAACAAUCAAAAAAGAAACAGGAAGAGGAGGAGGAGGGAGUGAAUCCUGAAGGUUUUCAGAACUUUAUUACCAGAGCAAGUGAAAGUGACCUGGAGGAAGUGCUGACAUUUUACACACACAAAAACAAAUCAGCAAGUAUCUUCCUAGGAACAAACUCCACAAGCACAAAACCCAGCAAGGGCAGUCACCAGUCAGAGAAACAGCUCCAAGCUGGCCAUCCUGAGGUGGUGAAAAAAAUAAAAGGUGAUCAGCUCAAAAGUUCAGUUGCAAAUCUGCCUGCAGAAGGAGCAUUAAAAGGCUCUAAACCCAAGGAAGCUAAAUCAACCUGUCCAGAAGGACCCACUAUCUCCUUAAAUGCCGAAGUGAAAUUACCUCGAUGUGGCCUUCCUAGUGCUCCUUCCUCCGUUUCUGAUGCCACGUUCCAGAGAAAUACCAGUUCCUGGAUAUUGUCUCAGCCUGCAGCCUCUGAAAAUUCACAGGCGGGUGGUCACCAUUCAUUGCUGGCUCCUCCAGUUGGUCCCAGGCUCAUUCAGUCCCCGUCCUCACUACCGUCCUUGCAGAGCACAGCUCCUGACAACUCUUCUGUCUUCACAAACCCAGUGUCCAGUGAGAAUUCUAGCCUUUCAGGGUUACAUCGUUGUCGUUCUGGUAGCUACACCAUUGGCCCAUUCUCGUCUUUUCAGAGAGCUGCUCAGAUCUACAGCCAAAGAUUGUCCCGACCAUCCUCUGCAAAAGUAG